AUGGGGGAUGUAUCGGACAUCCUCGGCGGCCUGAGCGGUGCGAGCGGCGGCGGCACGACCCCACCACCGUCCAAGGGCUCUGUCAAAGAAGAAAAGCCAAAGAACAAGUUCAAAGGAUUGCAUCGUGAAGUGCUACUACUACAAGAAAGCAAGCUCGGAGGAGGGGUGUCACCGCAAAGUUUGGGACGUCGCAACCAUGUCUCGAUCAUGCCAGGAAACAACCUCCCCAUGAAGAAGUCGCUCUUAUCACAAAGACCUGGGCUCCGGAACAAGUGGGUGCGACGAGAUUUCUUGAAUGCUGCGCGAACGGAUGGCCUCGUCCUGACCCAUUGGGUCAAGUCGUCACUUCCCGAAACACUAGAAUACCCGUUUGCCCGCUUCAACGUCACAAUUGACCUCCCAACAUGUUGUACAAAGGACGAGUUCGACAAGAUCCUUGGUCCCGAUCGCGAUCCGAUGAUUCCAACGCCGUGGACAUUCUCUGACACGACAUACCUGUGGGAGUUAUGCAAACGCUACGAGUUGCGGUGGGUUGUGAUCGCCGAUCGAUUCGUCGCGCCGUCAAAGGUACCUCGGUCCAUGGAAGACAUCAAGUACUGGUAUUACGAAGUCGUGCGCCUACUCGCUGAAGCGCGCCAGAUCAAGCGCGACCACGUUGAAGUCACCAAGGUCGAAGUGGCCGCGACAACACCUGCACCAGUCGCCGAGCCCGCCCCCACCGACGAGAUCAAGGCUGAACCAGUGGACGAUGAAGCCAAGGUCUCGAACGACGCUUCAAAUUCAUCCCCCAGUGGCCCCACAAGUACACCUCAAUCCGCACCACCGCCAUCGUCCCAUCGCUUCCCGAUUGCGUACGAAAAGCACCGCAAAGCAACGCUCGAGCUCCUGUUCAACCGAUCGAACGCUGAAGAAACCGCGAUCAAGAAGCUGCAGGAAGAACUGCGUCAAGUCGAGCAGCAACUGAAGAAAGCAGUGUUGAAGGUCGAUGCCAAGAAGAAAAAGGAACUUGCCGACGCACGGACCCAGAUCUCUUGCGACGUGCCUGGCAGCGGUGUGUACUUUCGCAGCACGUCGCAAGUGCUGCCAGCGCAAAAGAUGGGGCUCAGCGCGAAACUCGUCAAGAAGAUGUCGCUCAUGCUGGAAGAGUUUGGGGUGCCCGCGCGGCCGAUGCCGACCAAACCAGUGUGCGACCUAUUCGACAAGCUGCGGCAGGACAUCCUGUCGCUCUUUGCGCUGCGCAAGGCACUUGCAGCCAAAGUCCACGAGGUUCAAGUCAUGUCAGACAAACUCACGGCCCUCACAGGAGUUCCGCAUGUUCCGCGCGCCACCGUCCACAUUCCGGACACGUUUGUCGCGGCAGAUGCCGCCGCAGGAACUGCAGGUGCUCCCUCCUCUGCCGCAAGUACACUCGCAACGCCAUUGUCGGCUGCUCCCGGCCACUCGUCCAAAAUUUCGCAAAAGGGCGGGUCGGCACUCAAACGCAAGGUCUUGGUGUCGGCGGCGGCCCCAGGCAGCGGCGGCGCGGCAUCGGGCAAACGCCCCAAGAAGUAGUUCGAAUCCUACGAUCUUUUUUUUGCUCUCUUUUUUGGCGUUGACAGGACGACACCCUCGCACGUCGUAGUUUCUUUUUUCUUUUCUUUUACAUUCUUUUUCUUUUUUGCGCGCAUGUCAACGCCGCUGGAUGCAGCGAGGAAGGUGUCCCGCAUGGAGUGAUGGGCCGUGCGAAUGCACAUUCCGGCUUAAUAGCCGUAAGGGUGGUAACCAGAUCCACCCAUGCCGCGACCCCCGCGGCCCCCGCGACCACGACCGCCUCGACCCCGAGGAGCGUACCCUCCUCGUCCGCCACCUCGUCCACCGCGGAAACCGCCGCGACCACCGCGGCCGCCACGUCCUCCGUAGUUGUAGCCACGUUCGUUGACACGUUUGGGAGUCACUUUGAGCUGUCGCCCGCGGAACGUCGUAUCAUUGAGAAGCAAAGCGCUUUCGACGGCAUCGUGGUUUGCAAACUCAAUGUACGCAUAUCCCUUGGGCAUCCCCGUGAAUUUGUCGCACAGGAUAGUCACGCGGUUGAUUGUCCCGCAGCUUUGGAAUAGUGCUUGCAGUUCUUCCGGUGUAGAUUCGUAGUCGACUUGUCCAAUGUAGAUGGAGUUCUCGUCAAUCACCGCUUGCUGCGCCGCGGUCGGCGCUGCAGGGGGUUGGUGUUCCUUUGGAAUUUGCGACUGGACGUGGCUGUGCAUUUGGUUGAGUUUCUGUGCCUCCUCUUCCAUUUCCAGCACACGUCGCUUCAUGUCUUCGAUUUCUUGGUCCACUUCUUGGCCUUCAUUGCUCUCGAUUGCCUCAGCUUCGGCGGCGAGUUGGUCGACUUCGUGUUCGGCGUCCAUGGCGCAGUGUGUGUGGGGGUGGUGGAUAUGCG